UUUGCCAAAAAAUAGAAUUUACAGGGCAGAGCUGACAAUGGACUCUGUUACUGUCAUAGCCAUUCCAGGGGGAGAAGAAGUAGCUCCCAAAAAGACUAAUGAUAAAUCCCAAAAUCCUCUGUUUCUUCUCAUCAUUUCCUUUCUUAGAGAGAACAAAAGAAAGCUGCUUCAUAGCAUCAAAGUUGGGAUUGCACUUGUUUUGGUAUCUCUCUUGUAUCUCCUUGAUCCUCUCUAUGAACAAGUCGGCGAAAACGCUAUGUGGGCUAUAAUGACUGUUGUUGUCAUCUUUGAGUUCUAUGCAGGAGCUUUACUUAGCAAGGGCUUGAAUCGCGGAAUUGGUACGGUUUUAGGGGGUGGAUUGGGAUGUCUAGCGGCAAGUUUUGCUCAACAAGUUGGAGGGAUUGGCAAUGGCAUUGUUGUUGGCAUUUCUGUGUUCAUAAUUGGUGCAGCAGCAACCUAUACUCGAUUGUUUCCAAACGUAAAAAGGCGAUACGAUUAUGGAGUAAUGAUAUUCAUUCUCACUUUCAAUUUGGUGCUGGUGUCUGGUUUGCGAGCUGAAAAAAUAAUGGAAAUAGCCCGUGAACGUCUCUCGACGAUCGUUAUGGGUUUCUCUGUCUGCAUAUUCACAAGUUUGUUCAUCUUCCCUAUAUGGUCAAGUGAUGAACUCCAUGACUCCUUAGUCUCCAGAUUUGAACACCUUGCCUCUGCCAUUGAAGGAUGUGUAGAGGAAUUCUUCAAAUUCUGCGACGAGAAGGAAAACCGGAUAAUUCCCGGAUUUGAUAAAUGCAAGACGGUGCUGAACUCCAAGUCUAAGGAUGAAUUACUGGCGAAUUUUGCAAGAUGGGAGCCCUGGCAUGGGAAAUUUGGUUUUUCCUAUCCUUGGGAAAAGUACCUAAAGAUUGCUGAACAUCUUAGAGAACUUGCUGCAAUGAUUCUGUCACUUAGAGGUUGCCUUGAAUCUCCUAGACAGGCACCAAGAGAAUCCAUUGAAGAACCUUGUGAAGCAAUUGUGUCAUCACUCUCAUGGACACUAAAAGAGCUUGGAGAGAGCAUCAAGAGAAUGGGAAGAUGCAAGGCAGAGGACACAAUAGUGCCAAAAUUGAAAUCAGUAAGAGUAGAAUUAAGCCUUGUGAUGUCCCCAGCAAGAUUAGGGUCAUUGGAUAACAGUCAAGGACUUGCAAUGGCGAGCUUUGUGUUUACAUUGAUGGGGAUGGUUGAGAAGGUUGAAGAACUAGCUAAAGAGGUUGAAGAACUUGGUGAAAUUGCCAAUUUCCAGAAUAGCUGAGUCUUAAAAACACAUGUGCAAGUGAUUUGUACAGAACCAUUUUGCCAAUUGUCUUUGGCUUGGUCAAAAAAUACAUGGGGACAAGAUAGAAAGAAUAUAAUCGGCACCCUCCUCUGCUAAUAGCUGGAGUUUUAAUUUU